ACCUUCUUAUCUUGCUGACAAGCUACCAGGGUCUGUUAGUCAAGUUGCUAAGUAUGGGAAAUCCCCUGCAUGACUCCGAUUUCAUCAGGCAAUGAUCUUAUUGCACAUCUCUAGGGUGGGCAGCUCUCCAUGGAUCAGUCUACUGCUUCUGCGGCAUCGAUCCGAAGGCGGCAGAAAUUGAGGAGCGGCUGCAUUACUUGUAAGAAACGCAAGUUGAAAUGCGAUGAAGCAGAGCCUGCUUGUACUCGUUGCGUCAAAUCAAAUCUGUUAUGCCCUGGCUAUAAACGUCCAGUAAAAUGGUCGACCAAAUACGAGAUUGACUAUGGCAUCCAUUCGUAUGCUGGCCCCAGCUCAAGGCACUCGCCUGGCAUUGGCGAUUCACCAUCUUCUCCAUCUGACACCGACAAUGCCCUUGUACUGUACUCCCCGCAGGAGGAGUCCUUCAAGCUUUUAACACACUACUUCGCAUCAGCAUGUCAGGUCCUGUCAUCUUUUGACUCACCUAACAACCCUUAUCGUUCGGAUCUGCUAGAAUUUAUACGGAACUCCCCCAUUGUGUUCAAUAGUGCCUUGAGUGUGUCGGCGGCCCAUCUAAGCCAGCAAGAACAAGACACAUCUUUGAUACCCUUGACUUUCCAGACGGAAGCUAUUUCACAUAUAUCGAGGGAGCUCGCCGAAAUACAUGUUACCCAACAUAGAUUGGCUCCUCUUCGCACCUCAACGGCGUCAACGAUAAGAGAUGACUUGAUGUUAGGUAUCACUCUCAUUGGCAUGACCUCUAGCUGGCACGAUCCUUCUUCUCUCGGCCUGUGCCAUUUUCAUGGUGCUCGACAAGUAUUCAGCAUUUGGAUGAACCAAUUCGACCUCAUGGACCUUCAGUUGCCAUCUCACCGCAUCCAACGCUUAAUAGCUUCAUCAAUGGUCUAUUGGGAAGUUAUGGCCUCUUGCUUGAUUGAUCAAGAGGUUGGCGCACUUUCAUACCUCGACGUGUUCUCCGCUCUACCACCUACGACCUUUUGUUAUCCGUGUCCAUGGACCGGAGUUGGCACAAAUAUUUUGAUCCAUCUCGCCAAAUGCAUGACAAUAGUACGGCAGAGACGACGUCUGAUUUCAUACAAUUAUUCAAUGGGGGGUGAUAUAGACGUAUCAAGCCGCAGCGUCGAUUUACUCACUCAAGCUUUCACUCUAAGUCUAGACAUAGACCAAUGCCAAAUACCAACUCCUGCAGAGAUACAGGAUACUGGCGACUACAGGACUCCGCCAGAUCAUCUCUGUAAGAUAGCUAAGUGCUAUCAACUGGUUGCUCGUCUUGAGCUUGACCGGGCAUUCCCCGAACUCACACAAGGCCUACAGAAUGAUCAAACCCAGGAUAGUUUGCUCUCGCAGCAUAUCUUAGAGCUUGCUGUGAAGAUUCUAGAAAUCAUCAACACUAUUCCGGAGGAUUCCCGAACCAUUGCCAUUCAGACCAUCAUAAUUUUAGCAGCAGGAAGUGCACUUGGAUCCAGUUCAAAUGCAGACACCAAUAUCAAAGUGUUAGUUGCAGGCUGGAGGAGAUUUGUGCUUGGGAGGCUGCACAACUCAUUCUUGUCUCUCAAACUUCAGACGAUUAAUAGGGUAUCUACUGUGCUUCAAGGGGCCUGGGCGCGGAUGGAUUCGGUGGCUAUUGAGGCGCCUGAUUCCACAUCCUUUGACAAGAGUCCAAUUUUGUUAGUGCAUUGGAUUGAUGUUAUGACAGAAGCUGGACUGGAGACCAUUCUAGGAUAG